AUGUUACAUUCCGAACAAACAAGAUCCUCCGGUCCACAACCGUUAACGAAUCCUUCAACAUCACACCAACAGUCACCACAGUCGCAAUCCAUAACAUGUAAUCAGAAUUCGAAUUCACAUAUACAUACCGCAUACCCAACUACCUCGCAAAUCUCCAACCCACAAUUCACCACACAACACGCCACCCCCGGGCAAAGCUAUGUUGCCCUCCCAGUCACACAAACACAAGACGUCCUGCUAUCAACAGCACUGGUUGAAGUAGAAGAUCAUUUUGGAAACACAAUGCUGGCACGUGCACUACUGGACUCGUGUUCUCAGCAUUGUCUGAUGACACGUAGCUUCUCUACGAAACUCAAUUUUGAACAAGCAUCUGUUCACCUAAACAUCCAAGGGAUUGGAUCAUCGCAGUCUGUUGCUACGAAGUCAGUCCGUGCCGUUGUUCGUCCACGUUCCAGAGAAAUUUCGCAGUACGCUGAAGAGAUCCAGUUCUAUGUGUUGCCGAAGUUAACUGUAGAAUUGCCGACUGCGAGUUUCGACCCUACAGGCUGGGAUCUUCCUGAAGCUGCAUCCCUAGCUGAUCCACAAUUCUUUGCAUCGAGUACAAUCGAUCUCAUCAUCGGAGCUGAGUACUACAUGGACUUGCUGAGAGAACGCCGAAGAAAGGCUGCAAUGGAGGGCCCUACAUUACAGGAUACAGUAUUCGGUUGGAUAGUUUCCGGUCGUAUUUCCAACAGUUUUGGAUCGCCAUCACUGGUGCAUGUAUGUUCAGACAGUGAAAUACAUGAUCAGCUAGCUCGAUUUUGGGAACUGGAAACCAUUCGAUCACCGAGUACUUUUCCAGUAGAAGAGUCUGCUUGUGAGAACAUCUUCGACGAAACAACCUUCAGAGACGAAUCGGGACGAUUCGUUGUCACACUGCCAAAGAAAGGAGAUGUCAUCAUUCGUCUUGGAGAGUCAAAGGGGAUUGCUACGAAACGGUUCAUGAGUUUGGAGCGUCGCUUUGCAAGGGAUCCUGAGUUAAGAGCUGUGUAUACGGAAUUCAUGCACGAGUAUCAAGCGCUUGGUCACAUGAAGGAAGUUCAGGGAGAAGCUGCCAACAAAAGCUACUACUAUUUACCUCACAUGCUGUUCUCAAGCCGGACAGCACCACAACGAAGCUCCGUGUAG